AUGGCGGAUCAAGGAGUGUUUGCACAUGAGCAAGGAACCACGGGAGACCAGCACCAACAACCACAUGGGAUAGGAGUUGGCGACGACCUUGAGUUGCCUCCGGGGUUCCGCUUCUACCCAAGCGAUGAAGAGAUCGUCACCUUCUACCUUAAGCCCAAGGUGGAGCAAAGGAGCUUCACCUGCAUCGCCAUCGGAGAGGUUGACCUUAAAAGGACCGAGCCAUGUGAACUCCCUGGCAAGGCGAAGACAGGAGAAAAGGAAUGGUACUUCUUUUACGAGAAGGACCGUAAGUAUCGGACGGGGUUGAGGAUGAACCGUGCCACAGAGGGCGGUUAUUGGAAGGCCACGGGCAAGGAUAAGGAGAUUUACAGGACCAUGACAGGGGUACUCAUUGGUAUGAAGAAGACGCUCGUCUUCUACACAGGACGGGCUCCUAGGGGCCAAAAGACCACUUGGGUCAUGCACGAGUAUAGGCUCGAAGGCAACAACAAGUCCCCCCACCCUUCAUCCAGCUCAACCUCCACCACCAUGAAAUCAUCUUCAGCUUCCGAGGCGACGGAUGAGUGGGUGGUUUGUCGUGUGUUCCGCAAGGCCACAGGGAUAAAGAAGGCACCUACACCACCUCCAUACAAUCAUGCUAUUGUCGACAGUGGGAUUGAUCAACGCAGCAUCCCCAUGCCCCCACCGCUGCAACUUCCUAUGCUACCGAACUUCACCAUGGACCCGGUGGGGUCCUACUACUCCAUUGCUGGUGUGAGCUCUUCGUCGUUGUCACCCGUGAUUCCACCUAUUACUGCAGGCACGGGCAACGACAUGCUUCAGAUGAACAGUGCUUUGUUUGGGAACAUGAUGGCUGUUCCGCCACCGAUGCCCUUCUCCCACCAGUUGGGCAUAGGAACAGCAAGUGCCAGCACCUUCAUGGCUGCACCGCAGAGCGAGGCUUCAUCGAUCCUGUCUCAGAAAGAUGUUGGGAUGAGCCUUCACCAGACCAAUGCCAUGGAUAUAUCGUCUAUGGUGUCUGCAACCCUUGAGUCUAUGGGCACCAUGGACAUGGAUGGCUUUUGGAAGUACUAA